AUGUCCGACCACGAGAAGCUCUCCAGUGUCGAGAAAUCGCAGGUCGCGGUCCUCGAGACUGACACCUACUCCGAAGGCGGGUCCGGCACGCCGCUGUCGCUGCCGGAGCCCACGGAGCACGAGCGCACCACGCUGCGCCGCGUGCUCGAGCACCCCAAGUGGUACGUCUACUUCAUCUGUCUGAUCGAGUUCUCCGAGCGUGCGUCGUACUACGGUACCGGCGACCGUCUGAACAACUUCAUCCAGCAGCCGCUGCCCGCCGGCGGUAACGGCGCUGGUGCGCCCGCGCACGGCGCCGCGGGCGACUCGGCCACCGCGGGCGCGCUGGGCAUGGGCCUACAGACCGCAACGGCGCUCAACCUGCUGCUGACUUUCCUCGCGUACUGUUUCCCACUGGUCACAGGGUACAUCGCAGACCGGUACUGGAGCCGGAUGCGGAUGCUGUGGAUCGGCGUGUUUGUGGGCAUCAUAUCGCACGUGAUAUUCAUCAUUGGCGCGCUGCCUCCCGUGCUCGGCAACGGGCAGGCGGCGCUGGCGCCUUGCGUCAUUGGGAUCAUCACGCUGGCCAUCGCCACGUCGUUCGUCAAGCCUGUACUGCUGCCCACGCUUCUAUCGCAGUACCCGCACGAGACCGACGUGGUCAGGACGCUGGCGUCGGGCGAGCGCGUUCUCGUGGACCGCGACGCCAGUCUGCAGCGCAUGACUAUGACGUUUUACUGGAGUAUCAACAUCGGCAGCUUUUUGUCCGUGGCAACCAGCUACGCGGCGCGCGACAUCGGGUAUUGGCUCGCGUUUCUGAUCCCACUAAUCCUGUAUCUGAUCAUGCCCGCGGUGCUGCUGGUUCUGGGCCGCUACCUGCGCGACGAGCCUCCCUCUGGGCGGUCGAUGCUAGCGGACUGUUGCAAAGUGCUGCGCGUGUGUUUCGAACGCGGGUGGUGGCGCCGGUACCGUAGCGGGGACUUCUGGAACUACGCGCGGCCCUCGCGGCUGCGGCAGGCCGGCCGCGCCGGGUGGCGGCGCAAGGGCGCGGGCGGGUUCUACGCGGAGUCGCUGGUGCAGGACACGCGUGUGACGCUGAGCGCCAGCGCGAUCUUCCUGUACUACGUGAUCUACAACAUCAACGACGGCGGGAUAGGGUCGAUCAUGAACUCGCAGACCGCGUCGCUCACUUCCAACGGCGUGCCCAAUGACCUCAUCAGCAACUUCAACCCGCUGUGCAUCAUCGUGUUCAUGCCCGUGCUGGACCACGUGCUGUAUCCGGUGCUGCGCAAGAUGCGGUGGAACUUCAAGCCCGUGUACCGGAUCUUCUGCGGGUUCAUGAUCGCGGCGCUCGCGAGCGCGGUCGGCGCGAUCAUCCAGACCGUGAUCUACAAUACCAGUCCCUGCGGGCGCUACGCGACCGAGUGUGACAAGGGCGUGUCGCCCGUGUCCAUGUGGGUGGUGGCCGUGGAGUACGCGCUGACCGGGCUGAGUGAGUGUCUGGCGAUGACCACGGGUUACGAGAUCGCGUUCGAGCGCUCGCCAGCGCACAUGAAGAGUUUCGUGAUGGCGUUGUUCCUGUUCACGAGCGCGCUGUCCGCGGCGCUGGGCGAGAUUGUCACGCCCUCGCUGGUCGACCCACACCUGGUGAUCCCCUUCGGCGUGCUGGCCGGCCUGGGGGCGUUCAUGGCGUUUGUGUUCCUGUGGCGCUACUGGAGCCUGGACAAGACAAUGGAGCUGGAGCGCGCCGAGAGACGCGCCCUGGAAGCCGAGGAGGGCGCCAUGCCCGCCAUCACGAGCGUGCGCUCCUACGUGUCGGGCGCGGAAGACGUUGACCACCCGGAGGGCCUGGAGCACGUCCUGAGCGUCACCAGCGCCGCAGUCGUCAAGGACCACAAGUGA